ACUUUGACCAAAAAAUUCUUAAGGGGCAAUAUCGUCUUUUUCUACAUAAUAUCCCAUGCCUGGAAGGUCACAUUCUUGUUGUCACAAGUGUAUAACAUAACCCCCACCACAACCAAAGAAAGGCGUUUCUCCUUUUCGGAAUUUCGGAAAUCAAGACCCAUAGGAUUGCCCGACUCGGAGUUUCCUAUCGUUUAUCAAAUUGAGGUUCGGGGAAUUUCAUAAUAUUGGGUAGAUUUUACAUUAAUUCAUGUCAGGAAAUAAUAUUUUCUUGAGGUGAAUCCCAAAGUAAAGAACAAUCCACCACUUCUUUUUUCAUCCAUCAUUUAAAUCCUUGAGAUGGCUGAAAGAGCAUGUGUAAAGCGUCUUCAAAAGGAGUAUAGAGCACUUUGUAAAGAACCUGUUUCACAUAUUGUUGCUCGCCCUUCCCCAAAUGACAUUCUUGAGUGGCAUUAUGUAUUGGAGGGAAGCCAGGGGACCCCUUUUGCAGGUGGAUAUUACUAUGGAAAAAUCAAGUUCCCUUCAGAUUACCCAUUUAAACCUCCAGGAAUCAGCAUGACCACUCCCAAUGGUCGAUUCAUGACACAAAAGAAAAUCUGCCUAUCAAUGAGUGAUUUCCAUCCAGAAAGUUGGAACCCUAUGUGGUCUGUUUCAAGUAUCCUUACAGGACUCCUGUCCUUCAUGAUGGACAACAGUCCUACCACUGGUAGUGUGAAUACAACUGUUGCAGAGAAGCAACGUCUAGCAAAAGCAUCAAUGGCCUUCAAUUGCAAAAACCCAACGUUUAGGAAACUGUUUCCUGAAUAUGUGGAGAAAUAUGAAGAACAGUGGGUAUCAGAACAAGCUGUUGUGGAAGAGGUGGAGGGAUCACCUGUGGUUGCAAGGAAGGAGGAGAAUUUACAACCAUUGGUGGAGAAAAAGGAGGUGAAGAGAAUGGAAUUGGCAAAGGAGGAGGAAGUCAAACAAGCCCGGAAACAGUCAUUCCCGACUUGGAUGCUGCUGUUGCUAGUUUCAUUUGUUGGUCUUGUAAUGGCUUUGCCUCUGCUUCAACUUUGAUUGUUUUUUUUUUUUUUUUUUUUUUUU